AUGACUGGCGACAACAAUAACAGUAGCGCCAACGGCGGCGGCGGCGGCGCCAGCGGCGGUUUGUUACAGCUGGUCGAGUCGCCUAUUCCGGAGCAGAAGAUCUUUAAUAGCCUGCCCUUCCCGCUCGUCCUAACGCCGCGCGUACUCCCGAAUCCCGCGAGCACAUCCGCUCCCUCCGCACCGUCCGCGCCCUUCGCACCUUCUGCAUGCGCUCCCGCUUCCCCCUCAUCUUCUCCCCAGACCGUUCCCCUCGCCGCGUCAGAGUCCUCCCCGUCCGACGCGGCAGCUCCUCGCGUCAGCGACGCGGUCGAGUGGAUUCGCGCAAACCGCGAAUGGCUGCUGGACACGUGGCAGCUGCACGGCGCGGUGCUGCUGCGGGGCUUGCCUCUCGAGUCGCCAUGUGACUUUAACGAGGUCGUGGAGGCCUUCGGAUUGGACGAGCUGUCUUACGUGGGCGGCGCGGCUCCACGAACGAAGGUAGCUCCACGUGUGUUCACAGCAAACGAGUCGCCUCCGGAUCAGAAGAUUCCAUUCCACCACGAGAUGGCGCAGGUACCCGAGUACCCCACCCGCCUCUUCUUCUUCUGCGAGACCCCUCCAGCCACAGGGGGCGAAACCCCCAUCCUGCCUUCCUGCGAGCUGACUCGCCGCCUGGCUCUGAAGCACCCCUCGUUCGUGGCACAGCUGAGGGCCAAGGGGCUGCUGUAUGUGCGUGUUUUACCGGAAGUGGACGAUCCGAGCAGUGCUAUCGGGAGGGGAUGGAAGUCCACGUUUCUGACUGACAACAAGGAGGAAGCUGAGCAGAACGCCAAGGGGCUGCUGUGUGUGCGCGUGCUGCCAGAGGAGGAUGAUCCUUCCAGUGGUAUCGGGCGGGGAUGGAAGUCGACUUUCCUGACAGACAGGAAGGAGGAGGCUGAGGAGAACUGCCGCCCACCUCCAACCCCCCUCCAACCCUCACUCUCACCUGGCUUCACUCCCCCCCUCCCCUCUCCCCCUUCUUCCCUCUCCCUUCCCCUCUCCUCCUCUCCCCCCUCCCCUCUCCCCGUUUUCCCCCGUCUCCCCCCUCUUCCCCCUCCCCUCUUCGCCCCCCUCUCCCUCCUCGCUGCUGGACCCAGCCGGGUUGCUUGCAGUGUGUCGAGAUGGCCGAGUUGGUCUAAGGCGCUGGAUUAA